AUGACCCAACAGAUUGAUACUGUAUUGAGUACUCUGAGAUUGGAGGUGGAACCGGAGAUGGCGGGCCUUUUUUAUGAGUUUGAGGAAUUGUACGAACGGAAACUCUGGCACCAAUUGACCGAGAAGCUAGAAUUACUAUUCCAAGAUGACCGUUCGGAACCAGUGCGGCUACGUGUAUACCUGAACUUUGUGUCUAAGUUUCAAGACAAGAUCAACCAGUUGAAGGUGGUGCACUUUCUGCUGCUGUCGAUUAAAAACAGCAGCAAUUACGAAGAGAACCUGAAUUACCUCAACUCCCUGCAGGACGCGUUUCGUGCCAUAGAUGCGCAGAAGCAGCGGAAUGACGGCUUGAAAAGUCACUUUGAAGGCAUCCUGUACAUUGAUAUUGAGAAGGCGCGCACCUAUUUGAAAAUGGGUGAUCUGGUAGCUGCUCGCGACUUGCUCAAUGACAUCAGCGAGACAUUGGAAGCUCGCGACUCUAUUCCUCUGAUUGUCACGGGUGCGUUUUACUCGGCUAAUGCGGAAUACUACCAACUUAAACAUGACUUCAACUCGUUUUAUUAUACCAGCCUUUUGUACCUGUCAACGCUUGAUUCUAAUGUUCCUGCGCAGACUAAGGUUGAACAGCAACAGCUGGCAUACAACCUCUGCAUUGCUGCCCUGCUUGGUGACCAUAUCUACAACUUUGGUGAGCUUUUGCAACACCCGAUUAUGGCUAGCAUUGCAGGCGACCCUCAAUACCAGUGGCUAUUCCAGUUUUUGCAUGCUCUCUCAGUGGGCGAUUUUGAGCACUUUGGACAGCUCUCGCAGGAGAGGAUCCCUCAUGUCCCAAUUCUAGCUAAGAAUGAGUCUUUCCUAAGACAAAAGAUUUGCCUAAUCACCUUGGUUGAAUCUGUAUUUGCCAAGAGCAUUCGGACCCUAUACUUUGAUGAUAUCGCGCGUGCGACGCAUCUACCAAAGGAUAACGUAGAACAUCUGGUCAUGAAGAGCAUUAGCUUGGGCCUAUUGAAGGGUUCCAUAGAUCAGGUGGAGGAGCUGGUCACCAUCACUUGGGUUCAACCUAGAAUUAUCAACGAGGAGCAGGUAAACAAAAUGAAGGGAAGGCUAGUCGAAUGGGACGAGCAGGUAACUAAGCUGACUGCUGAGAUCGAGGCGUCUGGGAAAGGUAUCUGGGUUUAG